GUCUUCUUCUUCUUCUUCCUUCCUUCCUCCUCUUCCUCUCCGCUCUCGCUCCUCUCUCUCUCUCUCUCUCUCUCUCUCUCUAGCGCGACAAUGGCAGCAACGGCUCUCUCCACGCUCGCCUCCCGCUCUCCGUCCGCUCACCCCGCGCCCCUCUCCUCCGCUCGCUCCCUCAGAGCCCAGCCCUCCGCCCUCCAAUUCCCCCUCCGGCCCUCCCCGAUCACCCGCCUGGCGCGCCGCCCCACAACCGCCGUCCGCCCCGUCGCCGCCGUCGAGGCCCCCGAGAAGAUCGGGAAGCUCGGCGACGAGAUCUCCGACCUCACCCUCGCGGAGGCCCGCGCCCUCGUGGACUACCUGCAGGACAAGCUGGGCGUGUCCGCGGCCGCGUUCGCCCCGGCGGCGGUGGCCGUGGCGCCGGGGGCCGGGGGCGACGCGGCGGCGGCGGCCGUGGAGGAGAAGACGGAGUUCGACGUGGUGAUAGAGGACGUGCCGAGCUCCGUGAGGAUAGCGGUGAUCAAGGCGGUGAGGGCGCAGACGAGCCUGGCGCUCAAGGAGGCCAAGGAGCUGAUCGAGGGGCUGCCGAAGAAGUUCAAGGAGGGAGUGUCCAAGGACGAGGCGGAGGACGCGAAGAAGCAGCUCGAGGAGGCCGGUGCGAAGGUCGCCAUUGUUUAGGGAAGGACCCAAUUCGAGGCGAUUGAUACAGAGCCGAUAGGAAGCGAUGGUCUUUUAGGGUUUAAAUCGAAGUGUGAUUUGGUGAGAGGGUUUAGUGUAGUUAUAGUGGGAAGGAAAUGAUUGUUCAUGGGGGGCCUGAGCUGAUGUUGUAUUUGCAUUUGUAAUGAGGAAUUUCACUUGUGCGAAUCUUCAAAUUCUUUUCUCUUUUACCGUUC